AUGGAGGCAUUUCUGACACUAUCUCGUAUUGCUGCACGCCAAUCUUAUAGUCGUCCGAAAGACUCGGAACUAUUGCAAUUGAAACAUGCAUCGACUAGCCGCUUUCUGCACACCUCCCGCCGAGUCACGAAACCGCUCAGCUCAACUUCAGCGCUGACAUUCGUGCAACAACGAUGGCAGAGUAGCAGCGAAAGCCCUCGACGCACUCAGAAUGAAGUGCUAGAAGCCGAGCAAGAAGAGGCGUUUCUAAAAGCACAGCAUGUUCAACAGCCUUCCAUUAGCGCAGCUGUAUUUUACUUCGUAUCGUUCGGCGUUUUUGCGUUCACUUUGGCGGCGUACUCCUCUCUAAAGCAAACAAAUGAUGUUGCAGAGAAGUUAAGGGAAGGUUCACUUUUACAGCGGUUAUCAGAUCGAUUCCUGGGAGGUGCUGUACCUGGCAAGAUCACCUCGUUCUUGAACCGUGGGCACGAUGAUUCACUACAGAACGACUUUGCGCAAAACUGCUGGGGGAUAGGCGUUGAUGAGCUCAAAUUGAUGCAAAUGGAGCAUCUGAUGCGCGCGAAGCAGGCUUCAGAAGGUCUGCAAUGGCUUCGCGAUCGAGAUAUACCAGCCAGCAUUAAGGUGCCUAUCACUCAGGCCUACCAGACGCUUGCCAACAAGGUGCUCAACAUUUCUAUUUCACAGCAAAUGAUUCUUCCGAUUCUGUUCGUUAACACCGUGGUCUUCAUUCUUUGGACCAGGUCUCCAUGGAGCGCCCGCCUAACCCAAUUCCUAAGAACCAAUUUCUUACAUCGCCCUUCCAGUGGCUCGACGCAUACGAUGCUCACUUCCGCAUUCAGCCACCAAGCACCUUUUCACUUCAUUCUCAACAAUUUCGCGUUGUGGACCUUUGGAGGAGCGACACUCUACCAUGCCAUUCAGCAAAAAGACAUCAAAGGGAACAUACCUGAAGCGUCGCCAGUUCUUCAUUUCCUGGCGUUCUUUGCGACUGCUGGUGUCUUCGCUGCCAUGACGAGUCACAUCGGGAGCGCCAUCCGAUUUGGACGCAUUGCUCAACGACUAGGUCUCGACGAAGCCAAGAGGACAGUCGGUCGUACCUCAAGUCUGGGCUCAUCAGGCGCGAUCUACGCGGUUGUGGCGAUGACUGCAUGCACAGAUCCGGAAACACGAUUGAGUAUCAUUCUCUUACCAUUUUUCUCUUUCCCAAUCAAAUAUGGUGUUAUGGGAAUACUGGCUCUAGAUGUCGCAGGUUGGAUUAGGGGAUGGCGAACGUUUGACCAUGUUGCACAUCUUGGUGGAGCGCUCUUUGGAUUCCUUUACUAUCAGUACGGUGUGCAGUUCUACGCAACUAUUAAGCAGUACGUGGCGAAAUUGAUGAAGGUCGGACCUUAUGAUCCGAGUCGAAGCAAAAAUCAAUCGACCAGCUAA